CGACCGACGACGGACGUAAAGUCCAUAAAAACGACAUUAAAAUUCGAAAAAUUUAGACCAAAAAUUGACACUAAUUUCAGACUGUGUACUCCGACACAACAAGAUGUGACCUUACAACGACUCGACGGACAACCCAUUUUGGCCAUUGACUACGGCAUAGGAAGACUUAGGACGGGACGACACUAUCUACUCCACUUAUAUAAUAUCACAUCUUAUCAACUAUUUACGGAGGAGCUUAAAACAAAAUUUUCGCUAUUAGAUCAGAAUCAAUUCACCACUUUGGUACAGGAGAAAUUUAAUCAAAUUGAUAAAUUCUUACAUAUAUUGCUCAACAAUAGACAAAAGCGCUGGGAUAGGAUAGGCACUUUUUGGAAAACGAUAGCAGGAAACCCAGACGCUGACGAUUUAAGAAUGAUAAAUUCGUCAAUUAAUUCUUUGAUAACCAAUAACAAUAUUCAAAUUAAAAUAAAUAGAGACCUCCACUUACAAAUUAAAGAAGCUUUAGAGAAAACGAAAGAAGCCAUAAACUUAGUAAAUUUCAGAAAUUCAGAUUUGUUUUCAAUUAAUAUAUUCAUGAAUCUAAAAUUUUUAUCCGAUAAAUUAGAACAGAUAAUUGACAGUAUAACUUUGGCAAAAGUCAAAAUUUUAAAUGAAAAAAUAUUGAGCCAAACCGAAAUUGAUUGUAUACUCGAAAUUGUACACAAAGAAAAUUUGUUAACCCACACGAUUGCGGAAACCCUGACAUACGCCACGCCAACCCUAGCAACUCAUCACGGAAAUCUGGCCCUCCUGAUAAAGCUGCCGAAACUUGACCCCCGCCCCUACAAGAAAUUACGUAUCUUCCCGAUCCAGAACCACCAAGUCUUGCACCUGGAGCAAGAAUUCUAUCUCUACCACUCAGAUGAAAUACGUAAGGUCCGCUCAUUAGAUCCAGUUGUCUUCGACCCCGAGGAAAGCACUGUCGAUUACUCUUCAUGUAUCCCAGAACUACUUAGGGGACGCCCAGCGAGAUGCAACUUGACCGGAAAUCCAUCCAUGGAAAAGAUAGUCAGAAUUGACGACAAACACAUACUUAUCAACUCCGGCGUCAACGUGUCGUUCGCCACAGAUUGUGGAGACCCGGAAAGAAAAAUAUCAGGGUCAUUUCUCAUAACGUUCAAAAAUUGUGGUGUGAUCAUCAAUCACGAGACAUACCUCAAUAAACCACAGAUUCUAUCUGGUGAACGAUUGAGAAUCCCACUGGAUGGAGUCAAGAUAACGUUCCAUGACACAGUAGUCAAUCUCAGCAUGAGACACCUACUGGAAUUGAAUCUUGAGAGGCGAAGAGAGAUUGAAUCUCUACAACUGAAGACGGACUCAAUGACCUGGCCGAAUUGGUCAUUGCUUGGAGGAGUAGCUAUCUCCCCAUACAUAAUCAUCGCCCUGCUUUUCCUCAGUUUUCUACUCUACAGGAGAAGACACCCGGCACACCAUACACACGACGGUGAGCCUACGACAUCGACGAUACCAACAAGGACCGAACAACCGAAUUCGACGACCCAGCGGCUACACGAGGUACUUUUUCGGAGCAAAAGUACUAAGGCGGGAGUAGUUAACGAUCGAGCCAACUGAGGAUUGCUGAUCGUGUAACUUCGAGCCACCAAGCAACGAGCUGAGGACUGCUGAUCGUGUAAUUGGAGCCACCCAGCAACGAGCGACGAUGUACAUCCGGCGAGGUGCACAAUCAGCAGAACGGACAACGCGAGGACCUCAAACACAUUAUUUUACUUUGGAAUAAAUUAGUCUAGAUUGUAUC